AUGGGGAAUCCAGAUAAGCUCGAGGAGCUAGAGCGACAAAUGGAACAAUCGUUCCCGUAUUUGGCAUCGGAUGAACAAUCUUCAACUAACAGAAAUGCUCAAACUCUCUCAGAUUUCGAAGGGUCCAUUCAAGAAACACAAAUAAAGAACCAAGUGGAAGUACCCCAAACCAAGAAAUGGGUUCAUUUCGUUGCAGGAGGCAUUGGUGGGAUGGUCGGUGCCGUCAUUACUUGUCCACUUGACGUGGUGAAGACGAGGCUUCAGUCAGAUGCGUAUCAAUCACUUUACAACAAAUCCCCAAAAUCAACCAAUCCAUUGAUCAAAGCAGCCCAGCACUUUAAGGAAACGGGAUCUGUGAUACACCAGCUAUAUGCUACGGAAGGAAGUAGAGCAUUAUUCAAGGGUCUCGGACCGAAUUUGGUAGGAGUGAUUCCUGCUCGUUCUAUCAACUUUUUCACUUACGGAACCACGAAAGAAUUGGUCUCAUCUCAUUUUAAUGAUGGUCACGAAGCUACCUGGAUCCACUUGGUUUCCGGAAUUAAUGCUGGUUUUGUGACAUCUACAGCAACUAACCCAAUAUGGCUUAUCAAGACAAGAUUGCAAUUGGAUAAAACUAAAGGUAGACACUACAAAAAUUCGUGGGACUGCUUCAAACAUAUCAUCAAGUAUGAAGGGUUCCGAAGCCUAUACAAAGGACUCAGUGCGUCGUAUUUGGGAGGAGUGGAGUCUACUUUACAGUGGGUUUUAUAUGAGCAAAUGAAGUCCUUCAUUAACAAAAGAUCUAUUGAAGCUCACGGUGCUCAUGGCGCUACUAAGACUACUAAGGACCACAUUUUGGAGUGGUCUGCUAGGUCGGGGGCCGCCGGAGCUGCAAAAUUCGUGGCUUCUCUUAUCACUUACCCACAUGAAGUAGUAAGAACAAGAUUGAGACAGGCGCCUUUGGAAUCUACUGGAAAGCCCAAAUAUACCGGUCUUGUCCAAUGUUUCAAGCUCGUUGUCAAGGAAGAGGGUCUCGUUAGCAUGUAUGGAGGUUUAACACCUCAUUUGUUGCGUACUGUGCCCAAUUCGAUCAUCAUGUUUGGAACGUGGGAAAUAGUGGUGAGAUUGUUGUCUUGA